AUGUCAGUCACUUCUGCUUCUGCUGAAAGUUCGUUUUCAAAACUAAAAAAAAAUUAUAUUUAUAAUAGUAUAUACGAAGUAAUCUUAAAGUCUGUUCUUUUUAAUGUCUACAGUGUGACAAACUACUUUUUGGUGAACUUGUCCAUCGCCGAUCUUCUAGUGACAUUCAUAUGCAUGCCAAUGGCCGUUGGACAGUCAGUGACCGGUUUAUGGCUGUACGGUGAGACUAUGUGCAAAUUGACAUCGUAUUUACAAGGUGUAUCAGUUGGAGCAAGCGUUUUCACUAUAGCUGCAAUGAGUAUAGAUAGAUAUUUAGCUAUCGAACAUUCGAUGUCAUUCAGAAAAGUACUGAAUCGAAAAUCAACCAUAUAUGUCAUACUUGCUUUAUGGCUUGUGUCCAUGACUAUAUUUGGCCCAGUUUUAUGGGUCCGUCAAACAGAAUCUGUGGAGUUGGGAGAUGAUCCAAUAUUAAUUGAUGCUGUCCACAGAUAUGGUUUGGCUUGGUGUAUAGAGGACUGGGGACACCCGUACGCAAAGUCUACGUUAUCUAAACAUGUUUAUGGUAUUCUGUGUUUCGUUCUGGUGUAUGCUACACCUGGAUUUCUAGUUACUGGAGCCUACACAUUGAUGGGUCGAAGACUAUGGGCUGUACGACCACCAUUUGAUGACCAGCAGGGCAUGAUAAGUGUUCAACAGGUCAGAAUGGUACGCGAGAGACGUAGAGUAGCAAGAAUACUCUUUUUCUUAGCAGUUAUAUUUGCACUGUGUUGGUUACCAUACAACUUAUUAACACUUUUUUUAGAUUUAGACAUCACACUUGAUAAAUUUGGUCUAGAUCAGGAGUAUUUAAUGAAGUGGUAUCCAUUUACACUUCUUUUAGGCCAUGCUAAUUCAGCGAUCAAUCCCUUGUUGUAUUGUUUUAUGACAAGGAAUUUUCGAAGAACAAUCAAGGGUUUUGUAUGCAAUACUGGAAUUGCGAAGCCGAGAAGAAGAAAUCGAUGCAAAAAAGGGCUGACCGAGAAAAGCACAACAAGUGGAUACGGCUCGUUCCGCAACCCACGUCGGCUGUGUUUCACCCUGGCCCAACUACGCCAAAACAAUACAGUCCAAACACGAACUGCAACGAUAUCAAACCUUGCUGUUCUGUAAAUGAAAAAGAGUUAAUUUUGUAAUAUUAUAUUGUAUUGAUUUGCUUGAAUUCAUUUUUAUAUUAUAUAACUAAUGUAUUAUAAUGUAUAUAAAGCUUAAUGUAUGUUCAUGCUAAAAAAAAACUAAUCGUAAAUAAUAUUAUGUUUUUUAUUAUUAUUAUUAUAAUUAUUAUAACUAUUGUCGUCUUUUUACAAAUAUCUUACUACGUUUUUUUUUAAAUUUAUUGAUAUAAAUAUAAUAUAAUAACAUUACUGUACAUACUCAAUAUUGCUUCUUCGUAGACACUUGUUCGAUGGAAAUAUGGAAUAUUAAGUGAUAGGUAUAGUAAUAUAAUAAGUAAUAUGUACUUUUUAAACUAUUACAUCGUAUAUACAAUAUAUGUAUAUUGUAUUAUGUACUCAGUGUUACUUACAUAAUAUUAUAAUAUCAAUAAUGCAAUAUAAAUAAAAAAUUAAAACACCA